AUGUUGUAUUAUCUCAGAUCAACAGCCCGAGCAGAGAGAGAAGUCGCUGCCCAAUCAACCGUCACAAUGUCGGCUGGACAUCCAAACUUGUCCCUUGGGGACCCCAUACACGUCUACAUCGACCACUCCAACCUCACCAUUGGGGGCGACACAGCCUACAAGUCUAGGGGUAUGGGCCCGUGGGAACAUAAAGUCUUGGCGCUUCGUCACAUCAUCAUGAAGAACCUCGAUUUCAUUGAGACUGCAAACUCUGACUCGGUAAACCCUGACUCUACGAGCCAAGGAACAGCAGGUUACGAUCAGAAUUUUGGAGUUUUCAUGGAAUUUUGGUACUGGGCAGGCGUUUUUGUUUUUGUUUUGUUCGAUUUCCGUCCUUUGAACGGGCUUGAUAGACGGAAAGUCUCUAGGUAG